AUGGAUGAAGAGCAAGUGCUACGGCGCCGCGCCAAAGCGGGCUACGUGGAAGUUCAUCCGACUGAUUCGGCAUUGGUCGUUUUUUAUGAGGUUGAGGCUGAGAUUAUCGCCGAGCAUGGCGGGUCGAUCCUUGCUGAUCGUACCCUUUGUCAGAAACAGAUUCGUGUACCAGCUCUCACACCAAAGACUGAUGUAGCUGCGCUCGCACAACGCAUCCUAUCCAAGUGCAAGUACAUCAUGCCCUCACAGCUGGGCGAGGUCGAGCAACUCUUGGCCUUUUUACAGCAGCGCAAUCGCGCCAGCGGCCACAACGUGCAAGCCGCUGAGCGUGCCGAGUCCAAACGCCAAAUGCUGGUACAAGCGGCCGACAAAGAACAAGCCCGCCUGGCGGACAUUGAUGAUUACAUCGAAAUGCUUUACGACGACACCAAGAGCAAGAUUCGCGGUACCGCCCUAAUUCUUCAAUUGGUGCGCUCUCCAGAAAACCUGGCUGAGCUCACUCACAAUGAAACCAUGCUGGGAGCUUUGGCGCGUGUCAUGCGCGAGGACGGACUCAAGUCACCUCAGUUGACCACCAACAUCGUCUCCAUCUUCUUCUUUUUCUCCAGCUAUUCGGAAUUCCAUCCCGUCGUCUCGCACUUCAAAAUUGGUGCCACCUGCGUUAAAAUAGUUGAACAGGAAAUGGAGCGAUACACCAUGUGGCAACGCGCCAUCGAUAAGCGACGUCGCAAACUCGAGAAGGGUGAACUCACAGAGCAGGAGCAACUCUUAUAUGUGGCCUUGCACCUCCUCCUCAACUUGGCUGAGGACACGCAAACCGAAAUCAAGAUGGUUCGCAAGGGACUGGUCCCUCAAUUGGUGACCCUGCUGGACCGCAUGAACUAUGAGUUUCUUACACUCGUCGUUACCUUCUUGAAGAAGCUGAGCGUCUUUGAAGAGAAUACCGCUGUGAUGAUUGAGCAUGAUAUUGUCACCAAAUUGGCCAAGUUCGUUCCUCACGAGUGCGAGCCGCUCCAAACCACCUCUCUGCGCCUCCUGCUCAACCUCAGCUGCAAGCCUGAAUUGCGAAAGCGAAUGAUCGAUGUGGGCCUCCUGCCUCGACUGUCACAGCUUCUGGACGAACCGGAGGUGCAGCUUGGGCUGCUGGUUACGCUUUUGUACAACCUGUCGUUGGACGAGGAUACCCUGCCAUUAUUUGGGGCAACGGAAACCAUCCCCUCAGUCAUGCGCCUGAUUCUCACGUCCGAGGCCGAGUAUGUGGAGGUGGAACCUGUGGCUCUGGCCAUUAACCUAGCCAAAUCCUAUCGUAAUGCCAAGAUUAUGUGCGAGGGCUCGGGACUCAAGUUGCUUCUCAAGCGUGGCCUGCGCGUCCGUGAUCCAGUCCUGCUCAAGCUUGUUCGGACACUUUGUCAGCACGAGCAAACAAAGGAGCUUUUGCUGGACUUUAUCGACCCCCUCGGCAAAGAGAUCCAAGCAUGUCAUCAGGAUGCUGACAUGCUGGUUGAGCUCGUGGGCAUCCUGGCUCAGCUAGACAUUGAAAAUUUCAACUUUGAAGCAUUGGUGACCGAGUACGACUUGAUUCCGUUGAUGCGGGAUAUCCUGCAGCCCGGCGUUGCCGAGGAUGACCUUGUCCUGGAGGUUGUUAUUCUGGUGGGCACCAUCUUGUCCGACCCUGCUUGCGCGCCCUUGGUGGCACAGAGCGGGCUGGUCGAAAUCUUCAUCGAGCUUCUGAAGCAGAAACAAGAAGAUGACGAGAUUGUGUUGCAGAUUGUAUUCGUCUGGAACAAGCUUUUGUUCUACACGUCCACCCGGCGCGUUGUGCUGCAACACAGCCGGGCCGUCUCCUAUCUUUUGGACCUGAUGCACGACACCAACGAUGUCAUUCGCAAGGUGGUGGCGGGUGCCCUGGAUAUUGUCGCAGAGUGUGAUGAGCACUGGGCAGCUGAGAUCCGCAUCAAGCAAUUCCAGUUUCACAACGGCAUUUGGUUGGACAUGGUGCUUGGCGAGCCGGACCAGAAUGCGCUUGACGACGUGGACCUCUACGAGCAAGAGCAUGAGCACGAUGAUGACUUUGAGGCCCGCCGCCAUGGCCUGCGUCUGGAUGAUGAAGGUACGUAG